AUGGCAGCUGAGGGUACCCUUGAAACAAUGACAGCUGAUCCGUCAAGCGUAUUUUACGACUAUGAGCUGUAUAAAGAAAUGGACUAUCAAAGUGUCGUUUUUGUUGUCAUCUUCAUCAUUAUCGGCAUCACAGGAACUGUGGGUAACCUUCUCGUGAUCCUUGCCAUCGUCCUCUCUCGCAAGCUUAGAUCGACCACCAACUGGUUUGUCAUGAAUCUUGCGUGUACAGAUCUUCUGACAUCAUUCUUCGUUGUUUUGUAUGCCGUAGCUUUAUUAAGUCUGGAUUUUGGUUCGCACUCGGAUGGAUUGUUUGCUGUUGCUGCUAGUGGUUCUCUGGUAUGCGUUGGCGUAAGCCUUACGACCCAUGCUUUCAUUGGUUUCACCAGUUGGUACCUUAUCACCAAGAAUCAUGUCGAAUCCAAGAAGCUCUUCUCCAAUCGGAACAUCAGCAUCAUGAUUGUGUUUUGUUGGCUGUUUACUUUCAUAGGUGCCCCGGUAAUCUACCUCACUGGAAGUCUCCAUGAAUAUGCGGGCAGGUGUGUUUUGGGUUUGUUGAUAAUCGGACAUUUUGGAGUUAUUAUAACCGUUUACACAAACAUAUGGAGAUUUGUUGUGCAACGGGACAAGACCAUGCGACAAAAAAGGAAAUCUUCGGCGAAACCACAGAGUGAGAGCGAAACGUCUACCAGAACCAGUGAAAGAAUCAACGUCAAUCCAAUAGAGAAACGCGCAGAAGAUACUUUGCUGGCAUCUCCAUCUCUGGCCCAUCCAGCUCACGAUGAAUGCCGAAGUUCUGACGGAACCAGCGAAAGAGCAGAUGUCUGUCCACCAGAGACCCGUGGUAAUGGCCCGUCUGCUCUGCGGACAUCCCAAUUACUGGAGGUGAUAGGGAGUGAGGAAGACGAACGACCCUCCAGUGCGAGUCCAGCGGAAGUUGAGAUACCCAUACCUAGAAGUGAUCGUGUGAUGAAUGAUAUAUUCAAGAGCCGGACAAAACCUAAAGUUAGCCGAAAGACCAUUGUUGUAACUAAAAAUCUCUUGAUAGUACUGGUGGCUUUCGUCAUUUGCUUCAUUCCCUAUUCGGUCUGCUUGUAUAUCCCGACAGGGUCAAAUGCAGAACCCUGGCUCAUGCUCCUGCUUUUUUCGAACAGUUGCAUAAAUCCCAUCAUCUACGCCAGAAGGAUCCGUGCAUUUAGGGAGGUGAUGGUGUGCAUCUUACGAUGUAGGAUAGGAAGUAUUCCCAUGCCCAUCGACUUGGUACGGCGAAUGACGCAAAGGAACUAA